GAACUUAGCUAGUUUGCCAUAUUAUUCUGAAUUAUUUAACCUCUUGGCUCUUCAAAUACCAGCAUUGGCUACCCCUUAUUGUUAAUUGAUCAGGCUAAAUUGAGCUACGGGAAGUGCGUAUAAGGAAAGAGGCUGCCUAAAACCAUGGAAUGCGCUUCAAAUAUCAGGCUUCCGGUCAUAAAUUUAACGGAGGAAAUCCUAAGAUGCGGAAAAGAUUCUUGGACUGAAGCGCGAAACAUUGUCACACGGGCAUUUGAAGAGUAUGGCUGUUUCAUAGCUGUUCAUGAUAAGUAUCCUUCAGAGGUUAGUGAUUCCUUAUUCUCUGAGCUGCAAGAUUUGUUUAACCUGCCGUUGGAGAUUAAAGUCCAAAACACUUCUCAAACUCCCCUCUCUGGUUAUGUUCGGCCAAGACCCAACGUGGACCUCUACGAAAGCAUGAGCAUUGAAGAUGCAACAAAUCUGGAAGCAGUCGAGAAGUUCGCAAAUCAGAUGUGGCCCUCCAAAAAUAACCAUUUCUGUGAACUGUUUCAUUGCUAUGCAAAUCAAGUAGCAGAAUUAGAUAAAAUGGUGAGCAAAUUGGUGUUUGAAAGCUAUGGUGUGGAGAAGUACCACGAAUCUCAUGUGGGAUCAGUGACCUAUACUGUUAGAUUCAUAAGAAUGAAGCUGAUGGUUUAGAAGUUCAGUUGAAGAAUGGAAGCUGGAUUCCUAUUGAUUUUCCUCCUUCCUCCGUAGUAAUCAUGGCUGGAGAUGUAUUCUCGGCUUGGAGCAACGGUAGAGUGCAUUCCCCAUUUCAUAGAGUAACUAUGAAGGGAAAAGAAAGGCAUUCGAUUGCACAGUUCGCCUAUUGCAAGAAAUUGGUAGAGACACCAACAGAGCUGGUUGAUGAUGAACACCCCUUAUUAUAUAAGCCCUUCGACUGUUUUGGUUAUCUCCGAUUCUUGAGCACAGAUGAUAAUUGGAAUACUCCGAAUCCACUGAAGGCCUAUUGUGGGGUCUAAAACACCAGACGCAUCGAUUUUUAUGGAUGAAAAGCUUUUUCUUCUUUUAAGUUGAUGUUUAUUCUUCUCCCCUAUUGUGCCCACUUUUUCUUGAAAAUGUUAGGGGAGUAGCUUUCU